CCCAUAUGCGCCUAUAUUCAUUUAUCCAAAAUACGAAAGUGCAUUAAUCGGAGUCUAUCGAAGUGGCCCAAGCUUUAACGGCUAAAAAGCCCCACAGUGGCUCGAGCUUUGAGAAUCCUCUUCGACUUAGCCGACGUCAAGCUUCGAUAUUUAGCUUCCGACAGAUCUUCAAGCGACAACCAAAAAAAUUAAAUCUCCACUCCUAAAAAAAAACGCUCCCUCAUUUCAUCCAACCGUCGUAAAAAGAAAUUGGCGGACGACCAACCGAUGAGAUGUUGACUCCAGCAACGACAGCGACGCGCGUCGGCGCCCGUUGCCUCAAUCUGCAGGUCGCAUUCGCGAGAGGGGCAACCUGCCCCUACUCUUCGCUGGCCUCGUCGAUGACGCAGCGACAAUGCGCCGCCCGCACCACGAAGCAAUUCUCCUCCGCCCCCAUCAAGACGCAAUCGAUUACCCGAAGGCCGACAACAGCAGCUGCGCGCAUGCAGUGCCAAUUCGCCGCAGCCCGGCGCCACGCCUCGACCACGGCCUCUACUACCUCGUCAUCGUCGGCCCCGACCCCAGAACCGCCAACGGCGGCUCUCGACUGGAACACGUUCUUCCGGCUGCGCAAGACGCGGCGACGGUUCCAGCUCGUCAGCGGGAUCUUCACGAUGGCGGUCGGCGGGUCGGCGGGCGCGCUGCUGCUCGUGAACAUGGACAUGGACUGGCUGCUGACCAAGGUGCCGAUGGACCCGUUCUUCGCGCUGGGGAUCAUGACGCUGAGCUUCGCGGGCCUCGGCUGGCUCGCCGGCCCGAGCCUGGGCUCCGCGCUCUUCUACGCCUUCAAGCGCGGCGUCAAGAAGCCCAUGGCCGUCAAGGAGUCCGAGUUCUUCGCGCGCAUCAAGAAGAACAGGGUCGAUCCUAGCAACAGCUCCCUCAGCGGGAAUGCUGUUCCCGAUUUCUACGGUGAGAAGAUUUCCAGUGUGGCGGGUUACAGACAGUGGCUCAAGGACCAAAGAGCUUUCAACAAGAAGCGCACGAGCUUCGUCUGAGGGGCAAGAUUCGCGAGGGUCUCUGGAGAUAGGCUAGGGAGGAUGAACGAGAAUGUAAGGAAGGAAACGUAUAACUCACGUGCCUUCGCACUCUUACGGGUUUAUUGGCUUGUUACCGAGAAGGUACAUCUCACCGUGAAAAGCAAAGCUACGGAAAUGAAUGGGCUGGCGUUCGGUGCCGGUACUCUCCCUCCUAUGUAUCAACAGCAGGAACGGGUAUGAUUUGGAAUGGAAUCUCUCUUCCGUAUUUGGUCUUGAAU